ACUACAAAUCCCGACAUGCAACGCGCCGGACCCCUGAGAACCGGAACCAGGUGGGAGAGGAGGAGCGGGGCCGCCUUGACCCGAGCACCUCUGUGCCCGGAGUCAAGACCCGCCCUUCUCCCGGGGACUGCCCUAUCAUUGGCUGAGCCGCUGGCAGUCACCUGCAGGACGGCCUGUGAUUGGUUGUGGGGAGGGCGGCGUUCCGUGCGCUGGCUCGCUGCAGGCAGCUGGCGGCUGGUCUCGGGCGCGCUCCCCGGCCCCGGCAUGGCUGUGUUGGGGGUGCAGCUGGCAGUGAGCCUGCUUACGGCGAGCAUCAUGCAGAGGUUGUCCCCGCACUGCUCCUUCGCUCGCUGGCUGCUCUGCAACGGCAGCCUGUAUCGCUACAAGCACCCUUCGGAGGAGGAGUUGUACGCCCUGGCAGGGAAGCAGAAGCCCAAGGCCAAGCGAGACCGGAGGCUGAACGGGGUCACAGAGGAUAAACCCCUGUCAGUGCCCAAGGACAUCAACCUGCAUUUGGAGACCACCCCAAUAACCACAGUGGAUGCUCUUGUGCUGCGCUAUUUCCUGGAGUACCAGUGGUUUGUGGAUUUUGCCGUCUACUCCACCCUCGUCUACCUCUUCACUGAAGGCUACUACUGCCUGGUGGACCCCCGGAAGGAGAUGAAUAUUGGCAUUCUGUGGUGCCUGCUUACAGUCUUCUUCUCCAUCAAGGUCUUCUUCAUGGUGAUGCACCACUACUUCCGCUCCGAGGAGGGGGGCGAGCGCUCCGUCUGCCUCACCUUCGCCUUCUUCUUCCUCCUCAUUGCCAUGGUGGUGCUGGUCGUGCGGGAGGACUACUUGGAGUUUGGCCUCGACGCGGGGCUUGCCAAUGUCAAUGAUAACCUGGAGAUUUUCUUAAAGCAGCGAGGAUGGGAAUGGACAGUUCCCAUCACCAAACUGACCUUCAAGCUGGGGCUGGUGGCCCUUUGUUCCUUCAUUGGCGCGUGUCUGACGUUCCCGGGACUGCGGCUGGCACAGACUCACCUGGACGCUCUGAAGAUGGCUGCAGACAGGCCAAUGACCCAGAUCCUGCUCCAUGCGAGUUUCUUGGCACCCCUGGUCACGGUGGUGAUGUGGAUCAAGCCCAUUUCCCGAGACUUGUUGCUUCAUGCACCCAUGGGGAAGCAAACAGUCCAGAUCAUGUCGGACGCUGCCUACAACUCCACGCGCCUCUGGACCAUUGUCGCCCUCUGCCUGCUGCGCCUGGCCAUGACGCGCCACCACCUGCAGGCCUACCUCCAGCUGGCGGAGCGCUGGGUGGAGCAGAUGAAGAGGGAAGCUGGGCGCAUCACCGCCCUGGAGAUCCAGCGCCGGGUCACGAGGAUUUACUGCUACGUCACUGUGGUCAGCUUGCAGUACCUGGGCCCCAUCAUCCUCACGCUGCACUGCACGCUGCUUCUCAAAUCGCUGGGCGACUACUCGUGGGGCCUGUUCCCCGAACCCCCACCCGUCUCCCCGGUGGUGGGCAUUGCACCGGCCCAGCCCACUGCUCCCUCAGCUGAGGAGGAGGGAGGAGAGGACAUGCAGGCCACAGUGGCGCAGAUCACGGGUGUGCUGGGCGCCAUCCUCACCCCGCUUUUCUACCGCGGACUCUUCGCCUUUCUGACCUGGUGGGUGGCCCUUUGCCAAGUGAUCACCAGCCUCUUUGGCCUCUACUUCCACCAGUACCUGGCAGCCUCCUAACCACAGCUGUAGCAGGGCCAACGGGCCCCAGGACCUGCAGGCCCCUGCGUGGAAAGGACCCUGUGGGCUACAAGCCAUGUGCUGGGGCUGGGAUGAGUUCCCACCUGAUGGCUCUCUGCCCUGCGUCCACCUGGGUGAUGGCGCAGAGCUGCCCUUGGCCCAUCUCCUCCCCUGCCCGAGCUGGGGGACGCCAGCUGCCCCCGCUGUGUGUAGAGACGGAACCGGCCUCCCGGCUGGGCCACACCUGCCAGGCUGAGGCCGCUGCCUGGUUGUCUCUGCCCGCCGAAGGGGCAGGAGUAACUCGCUGGGGGCAGCGGCUCAUCAGCGUCUUCUCAGCCUGCAUUGGAGCGGGUUGGGAGGUGUGGAGCAGGGGCCAAGGGAGGGGCCCCACGCACUGCCGGCCUGGGGACAGCAUCUUCUAGGCAAUCUCCCCAGCUUGCUUUGGCCGAGCCGCUCCCCUCCCCACUCCACGGUAGAGGCUGUCUCACCUACCCAGCUUCUUGUGCGUGGCCGGCAUCCCCUGAGAGCUCAGGGACCCUCUCAGCCAGUGGUUCCUGAUCCAGCCUCAGCCUCCUCCCCACCUCCCACCCAGGGAGGAGCCUGCUGGUGGGUAACAUGAGAUGGUUCAGCGGGGAGCCAGAGACCUGGAGGGCUGGGGUCUCCGGGGGCCCUGGCCGGUGUUGGAGGGCUGGGGUCUCCGGGGGCCCUGCAGUCGCUGAUACCAGUGUGGGGUGCUCCUAUUCUGCUCUGAUGGCUGGGCAUGCUCUGUACGGCUGUAAAUGGCCCCGCAGGGCAAUGGCGAAAGGGGGACUAGGCCUGCAAGUCAAAUGAGCUUGGCCCCAGGUUCCCGGCCGCAGCAGAGCUCUGGCGCUUGGUGCUGCAGGGAGCUUGGGGGUGGGGUGACGCUGAGGCUGGGAAAGGGGGGGAGGACGCUGGCUCAUAGCCACGCCUACAAGACGGAAUGGAAAUCCCAAGGGCAGCCUCCCCCCUGGCAGACACAGUGAUGGCUCUCGAGAGCAUCCUUCCCUUGGCCCGUGGGGAAGGCGCAACCCAGAUCCUGGCACUUGGGGUCCUGCUGCUCUAGGGACUGGGCCCUUUCAUCUCUUGCCAGCAGGACCCCAGAGCAAACCCCAUCCCAGCGGGGAACUUGCAGCCUUUCCCUUGUGCCUUGCCAGGCUCGCACCAGCCUGCCCUGUGCUGGGGGCUCAUGACCUGCAGGGCACUGUGCGGGUGCAGGUGGGAAAGCACAGGAUGAUUUAUUAGAACUAGCUCUUUUCUGGUAGCUUUGUUCUUCCAGAACUCGGGUUCUACCAGGGCAGAGGCACCCGCUCCCCCCGGGAGCUUUUCUGGGGUCACAAAGAGUGAUUCCCCCUAAGACUGGCUGAAGGGGUGUUUUGCGUGGGGUUUCUGGGGCCUGCAUUUGAUUUAAUUUCUCCUCAGGAAAUCAUCCCCCUCCUCUGUGUAAAAUUACCCAGCCCAGUGGCCUUAUUAAUUCUGACUUCUAGAAUAAAUGCAACCAGGUACAAGGAUAUUUUAUGAAUAAACACAUAGAACUGGUAAGCCA